UUGAACAGGAAGAGGAGGUAUUUUCAGUCUCUCAGCCAGUCAAUGUACCCAGAAAGAGAUCACCAAGAUUGGCAACAAAAGUGCAGAACAGUUCCAAACAAGGUCCAACAGCAAAAAAAACCAACCAAUCCCGACAAAGAAGACGGGGACCAAAAUUUAUAUAGGUUUGCAGACCUCCACAACACCAACAGCAGCUGCAGCAACAGACUUCUGUUCAGAUAUUUUAGAAACGGAAUCUUGCUUGAUCCAGAAUCAUCAAAGUUUCAUCCGUGUCAGACACAGGAGCUGAGUUGCAAUAAGAGGACUCAAGAAUUUUCUUGGUUGCUGAGAAAAGCUGAAAACAAAAUUUUCACAGUAGGAUUCUUAUAAAAUGCGAAGGCCUGGGCCUCAGAAAGGUGGUACCAGUGAACCUAAUGGACCUAGGUGGGAUGUGGAAAUACAGAAAAUAUGCAACACUGUGUCCACAGAUUGGAAAGAUGGUAGAAGACACAAGUAUGCAAGAAGUGGGAGACCUUCCUGCACCCCUUCCCAGUAUCAAGGUCACUUUGUCUGGGACAAGUAUCUUAAAGAGACUGGUGCUGUUGCUGCUCCUGCCCAUUGUUUCAAACAGUCUUAUUCACCUCCUGUCAAUGAAUUUAAGAUUGGCAUGAAGCUAGAAGCCCAAGAUCCCCGAAACACUACCUCUACAUGUAUUGCGUCUGUUGUUGGCCUCACUGGUGCCCGACUACGAUUACGACUUGAUGGGAGUGACAAUAAGAAUGACUUCUGGAGACUUGUAGACUCAUCUGAAAUUCAACCUAUUGGAACUUGUGAAAAGAAUGGGGAUAUGCUGCAACCACCCUUAGGGUUCCGACUAAAUGCAUCUUCUUGGCCCAUGUUUCUGCUGAAAACACUAAAUGGGGCAGAGAUGGCUCCUGCUCGGAUAUUUCACAAGCAGGAGCCUCCUUCCCCAACACAGAACUAUUUCAAGGUAGGAAUGAAGCUGGAAGCUGUAGACAGAAAGAACCCGCAUUUCAUCUGUCCUGCCACAAUUGGUGAAGUGAAUGGACCAGAGGUCCUUGUUACAUUUGAUGGUUGGAGGGGGGCGUUUGAUUACUGGUGCCGUUAUGAUUCCAGAGAUAUUUUCCCAGUUGGCUGGUGUUCCCUGACUGGAGAUAAUCUGCAGCCUCCAGGUACAAAAGUUGUGAUUCCAAAGAGCUCUGCUGGUGCCUCAGGUGUGAAUACAGAGAAACACAACAUGCACAGACCUGUAAAGAAUCCUGCAAACCAUCAGCCUGGACAGAGAGGUCGCAAGCCAGGGCAGAAGAGAGGAAAGGUGCCACAAGCCACAACAAAAGUUACAGCCAGCUCCACCAUUCCCAUCACCUCAAAGUCAGUGGAACCGCUAAAAAUCCCAAAGAAGAGGGGGCCAAAACCAGGCAGCAAGAGAAAACCUCGGAUUCCACUAAAUGUAGCACCUACAUCACCUACCACAAGUACUCCAGAACCUGAUACUAGCACAGUCCCCAAAGAUGGAGCUACUGUCCCCAGCACAGCUAUGCAUACUUCUACAGUUUGUAUUUAUAUGAACAAGAAUGGGAACCUGGGACCACACCUUGACAGAAAGAAGGUACAUCAGCUCCCAGACCAUUUUGGGCCUGCUCGAGCAUCUGUUGUUCUUCAGCAGGCAGUGCAAGCGUGCAUUGAUUGCGCAUACAAUCAAAAAACAGUAUUUUCCUUCCUCAAGCAAGGCCAUGGUGAGGGAGUUGUAUCAGCUGUGUUUGAUCGUGAACAGCAUAUGCUAAACUUGCCAGCAGUGAACAGCAUUACUUAUGUACUGCGCUUCUUAGAAAAGUUUUGCCACAGCCUCCGAAGUGAUAUCCUUUUUGGAAGUCAGCCUUUCACACAGCAUAGCCUACAUGACUAUAAGAGUGACCGCUACUUGCAAGAUCGGAACAUUCCAGCAGAGGGUGCGCCUCCAGGGUCAGGCAGAGGUACAAAAAGAUACUCCCAGGAUACACCUCCAUAUGGUGCUUCUUUGUCCCCCAAAGUACCAAAGAAUGACAGGUACCCUUCUGAAGCUGAAACAUUUGUGCUGGAUGAUAGCCUCCCUGACCCUACAGAGCACCGUUUGGACCCUGUGGAUUCAGCCCUGAAUUCAGUUAAUUCUACAAGCCCGGGAAGGAGCUCCAGAGAUUAUAGGAGUAUUCCUGUCUACAGGUCCCUACACCCAUCUAGCAGUCUCUCUCAAAGUAGUUCUAGCACUUUACGGCGGCUCAGCUCAGGAGGUUCAGACAGAUACAUGGGACCUAGAGAUCAGCCCCGAUCCAGCGUAAGGGACCCUUCAGCAUGGACAGUAGAGGAUGUGAUGCAGUUUGUAAGAGAUGCAGAUCCUCAGCUAGGACCUCAUGCGGACCUCUUCAGAAAACAUGAGAUUGAUGGAAAGGCAUUGCUGUUGCUACGCAGUGACAUGAUGAUGAAGUAUAUGGGACUAAAGCUUGGACCAGCAUUGAAGCUAACUUUUCACAUUGAUAGGCUAAAGCAGGGACGAUUCUGAGGGAGGUCUCACCACUGCACUGAAUGUACUUUUGUAUUCUUGAAGGGGGAGCCUCAUCAGAGUAUUGCACUCACACCGCACAGCCCUGAGUGACUCUGAAUGUCUCAGAAAACUGCAGUGUGCUGCAGCUCAAGGUAUUGAAAGCACUCCCACAAGUUUGUUCCACUGACCCAGCAGGAGAAAGCACUAUGGGUAUUGUCUAACACCUACCAACUGUGGAGUGAUGAAAUGUCUCAGCUGGUCACUAGGGUGAUAACCUGUGAGAUGUGGAACUUCCAAGCAAAAAAAAAAAAUGUAUUUCCCGAUGAACUGAAAGCUUUAGCUUGGAAGUUUUAAUUCUGUUUGUCAUGUUGAUGGGCAUUGGACCUUUUUUUAUAAGAAAUCUAAAACAGUCACACCAGAUCUCUGGUGGCAUUGGCAGCACUAUUGAGGACAUGUGCUUUUAUUGCAUUAAUCAAUGAUCUCCAUCAUUCAGAAUGUAGCAAAUUGAUGGAAAACUGUCAGGUUUAGUUAUAACAUGUGAGUUCCUUUCAUGCACUGCUGAUACUUUGAACAAAGCCCAGUGAGAGUUGAGGUAAGUGUUUGCCACUGGAAAUGCAAGGACUUGUCCAUCAUUUGUAAUCCCACAAUCUGAAAUCUAAAAGGGUGAUGACUUUGCAGUUUCCAGCAGACAAACUCAGUUGUCAUGAGCAGAACCUGAUGACAUGCAGUUAUGUAGGUAUUGCAUUUUAGCACUUCUUUUUUAUGAAAUUGUGAUAUGGUUUCCUUGUCACAGUUUUGGCAUGAUAACUUGAGGUAAUUUGGGUGCCUUCGUGAAAUCAGUCAUGCCUGAUUUAUUUUUAAUGUUUCCAGGUUCUCUUGUAAUACUUGAAGUAUUUUUUAUAGAGGUCCUGUUAUUAUUUCCAAACACUCUUAAUUCAACAGAAAGAUAAAGAUUAUUUAUCAGCUGAGUUAACUGCAUUGCAUUGUUACUGUUAACAUGUCUUCAUUUUAAUCAGUCUAAUUCACAACCAGAGAAGUCUGCUUUUGUCACGUAUAGAAUAUGUACUUGUUACAGGGAAGACUCUUCCUCAUGCUUAGUUCCUGUGUUAUCACUUAUUUUCCAUUUGUUACUCUUAUGACUGUUUCAUUCACACUUUAUAGACUGUUCCACCCAUUCAUGGGAAUCACCUUGCUACUGCUGUGUUUCAUAUAGACACACAUCUUUGUACUUCAUUAACUUUAUAGUUAUUAGACCAAUUUUAAUAAAACUGUAUCUGCACUA